AUGGUUGUCAAGGUGUCAUUCCGCAGUCCGGUCAAGUGUUUUUUUGGACUUCUUAUUUCAAUUAUUCUGCUGACCAAGCUAGUGGAGCGCGAGAGAAGCCCGCCAUUUUUACAAAAGGUCAGAGAUAUUAUCAAAGGAAAAACUAUUAUCCACGAGCAAUCAUCAAAAGGAAAAAACAUCCAGAAUCAUGGAAGAGCGCCGAUACCCAUAAUUCUGCUGACGUACAUGCGCAGUGGGUCAUCAUUCCUGGGUAGCGUACUUCAGGCUAACCCAGAUGUAUAUUACCUGUUUGAACCUUUGCACGCGGUCCAGUUCGCUGUAAGAAGCAAAGAAACAUUUACUUUCCUUGACGGCUCAUACAGGAAGUAUGACAAUUUUCUGGAUGUCGCGAAACUCACAGUAGCUGGACUUGCUACCUGUAACAUGGAGACUAUUCCUAUCAAAAUGUGGUUCAACGGAUUCUUAAUGUUCAGUAAGAAAGCCAAGGGCAUGCGUUAUUGUGUGAGUAAAGCAAAGACGCUAGCGGAAAGUCACGCCUGCAUAAAUGUAACCAAAUUGGCUUGUCUCAACUCUAGUCAUUCUGCUUUAAAGAUCAUUAGAAUACCAAUGGACCUCCUAGGGCCUUUGAUGACGUCAAUUCCUAACUUACGUAUCAUACACCUAAUUCGCGAUCCUCGUGCAACUGUAUUGUCACAACAAGCUUAUGGCGUCAUACCAGCUGCCCGUUUCCGCCAGCACGUAACCGCCUUUUGUAAUCGGGUAUAUAGGGACAUUGUCACAGCUGAGCGUUUUAUGACGACAUUUCCGGACAGGAUGUUGCGCAUCUUCUAUGAAGACCUUGCUAAAGACCCAAAAGGUUAUGCCAAGGUUAUAUACAACUUUACAGAAAUGACUUAUACAGCCAGAACGGAAUCGGAAAUACAUUCGAUGACAUCAGGAGAUGUUCCGGAAAACUGUGGACAGCUUUGCACAAGGAAAUCUAAUUCAACAGCACAGGCAGAGGUUUGGAGAAAGCAUGCAUCGCUAGAGUCGGUUAAUACAGUUGAUGACGUAUGCCAACCCCUGUACACAAAAUUAGGUUACAAACAUAUAGAAUCAGAGCGCAUGCUCAGAGACAUCACAGUUCCUCUUCGGCAAGCCGUCACUUCUUUCGAUGACUUCCGGUACGCUUAAUGACGUCCUUGUUAUUUCUUCAGCGAACGGACAUCAUUUAUCGUCCAUUCUGGAAAACAGCAUUGUUUUGAUGAUUUUACCGACGAUGAACUUUUUAUGACGUCAUGUAAAAUAGGUAAUAUUGCAAAAAUAAUUGAAUCCGUAAGGUAAGCUUAUCACGUACAGAUAUAUAUUAACAUAUGUUUAUGUGCAAUAUACACUAAUCAAACAUAA